GAUAUUCAUAAUUAUACCGAGACGAACGACGAUAAUGGCGAUUUUUUGACUGAACUUGAUCUUGUUAGAUAUGAAAUAAUAAAUGACGAAUCGAGAUUAACUGAAAUUGGCUUAUCAACAGAAUUAUUGGAAAACACAAUAAUCUUCAAAAUAUUAAUUUUUACGGCAAUUGGAUUAUGGUAUGAAGAAAUUUGUGGCGAUCAUCCACGAGAAUUUUGGUAUACAAGUGUCGAAGAUGCGAAAAAGCUUGGCAUUGAAGGAACAUCGCUUAUUUGCGAUCCAUUUAUUGAAGAACUUUAUCCGAGUAAGAAACGUUUAAUGCAAUUAUCGAAAAAAUUAAAUGAAAUUGUACAAAAUACCGUCGAUCAAAAUGCGAAAUUAAAUAAUUUAUCGCAAAUCGUAUUUAAAGAAAUAUUUUCGGAUGGAAAUUUUUCAUUAUUCGAUGAAAUACUUUUCGCAGCAAAAGCACUAAAUUUAAAUAUUUCGAAGAAACUUUUUGAGCGACAUGAGAAAAUCGCUCUUUGGCUUUCGGGUAUAUGCGCCGAUUAUGUACCGACAGCAGUUGACGAAUUUGAUGCGACAGCUUUUCAAGGUGUUGAAAUCGAUGGUCCAAUUGGAAUAAACAUAACUGCAUUAGAAAUUGCUGGAGUUAAUUUAACUGAAUUGGCUGAAAAGCUUAGAAAUGAUACAGAAGUCGAUGAACUACUAGCAAGAACCACUGAUUCGACAAGGUAUUUUAAUUCAUUUAUUGAGUGGAAUAAAAAAGAUUUUAAAUGUAACAAUUCUAGGACACUUGGAGGAUCGUUUAUUUUGCCUGUUUUGCAAAAAAACCAAUAUGAUCCAUUUUCUGCUCCAAUCGUUUUUCAAGGUAGUGCAGUAGUUGUACGAUUUGGAAUUUACAUCGAAUCGAUGAGCAAUUUUCAUACUGAAACUAUGGUAAAUUUUAAGAAAAAAAAAAUGCUAUAA